AUGACUGUUCUUAUAAACGAUUGGUUCGAUAGCAAACUCUCGAUACAAUUUGCUAUUUACGGUAUACUAACAACAAUUCUCUCCUAUUGUCUCUGGUGGAGAGGACGAAAAACCGUUGAAUCACCCGUAAUUCAAGCAAUACAAACAUUACCAACAAAAAUUGGCACAACGAAUGGAAGUUUUGUUGAUCGUAUGCUACAUGGAAAUAAAACAAUGGUUCUCUUUUAUGGAUCACAAACAGGUACAGCUGAAGAUUUUGCUCAAAGACUUGCUAAACAAGCAAAACGAUAUGGCAUUGCCGCUAUGGUUGUUGAUCCAGAAGAAACUGAAAUGGAAGACCUCCAGCGUCUGGUUACAAUUGAAAAUCAUUUAGCUGUAUUUACUGUAGCGACCUAUGGCGAAGGUGAUCCAACAGAUAAUGCUCAAGAAUUCUAUGAAUGGUUAAGACAAGAUGCAAAUGAUUUAAACGGUUUACAUUACGCUGUAUUUGGUCUUGGAAACAAAACUUAUGAAUAUUAUAACGCUGUUGGAAAGUAUGUUGAUAGACGCUUAUCAGAAUUGGGCGCUGUUCGAGUAGCCGAAUUAGGAAUGGGUGAUGAUGAUGGAAAUAUUGAAGAUGAUUUUAUUGCAUGGUCAGCAGUCUUUUGGAAAAAUGUUUGUCAAAAAUAUCGAUUAGUUCGUGAUACAGAUGAAAGCACAAUGAGACAAUACAAAUUAAUUAAAGACAUUUUUCCACAAGAGACAAUAUUUACUGGUGAAGUUGGUCGAUUAAAAUGUUAUGAAAAACAAAAAUCACCAUUCCAUCUUCGUAAUCCAUUUUUGGCACCUAUUUUAGCAAACAAAGAACUAUUCAAACCUGAUAGUCUACGUUCAUGUCUUCAUCUUGAAUUAGAUUUAACAAAUUCUAGACUAAGUUACGAGACUGGUGAUCAUGUUGCCAUUUUUCCAACAAACGAUUCUUAUUUAGUAAAUCAUAUUGGAGAAUUAUUAGGAGUUGAUUUAGAUGAAGUCAUAUCACUUGUCGAUUUUGAUGAAGAUGCACAGAAAAAAAAUCCAUUUCCUUGUCCAUGUAGUUAUCGUACAGCAUUAACACACUAUCUUGACAUAACAAGUGUACCAAAUACUCAAAUUUUAAAAGAUAUUGCUCAAUAUGCCACAGAUGAAAGUGAACGGGCAUUAUUAACAUUAAUGGGUUCCUAUUCUGAAGAUGGAAGAAUCAAAUAUAAAGAUUGGGCAUUAGAUGGUUGUCGAUCCAUUGUUGUUAUUUUAGAAGAUUUACCAUCGUUAAAACCACCACUCGAAUAUUUAUGUGAAGUAUUACCGAGACUACAAGCUCGUUACUAUUCAAUAUCCUCAUCUUCCAAAAUUUAUCCCACAAGUGUUCAUCUUACUGCUGUUGUUGUACAAUAUUUAACACCCACUCAACGAAUAGCAAAAGGUGUGGCAACUAAUCAGUUUAGACGAAUGUAUUUAAAAGAAUAUGAUCCAAAACCAAUUUUUUAUGAUAAUAAUAAUAAUGAUGAAACAUCGUUCUGUUAUCGUUUACCAAUCUAUAUAAGAAAAUCAACAUUUCGAUUACCAUUCAAAUUUCAAACACCUAUUAUUAUGAUCGGUCCAGGAACUGGUUUAGCUCCAUUCCGUGGAUUUAUUCAAGAGAGACAUUUUCAAAAAAUACAAGGUAAGCCUGUUGGUGAGACAAUAUUAUAUUAUGGUUGUCGAAAACGUGAUGAAGAUUUUCUCUAUGAAGACGAAUUAAAAUAUUAUGAAAGUGAAAAAACGUUAGAAUUACAUGUUGCAUUUUCACGCGAUCAAGAGCAUAAAGUAUAUGUAACACAUUUAUUACGAUUAGAUGGUGAAAAACUGUGGAAAUUAAUAAUAAAUAAUAAUGCAAAUCUAUAUGUUUGUGGAGAUGCUAAACAUAUGUCACGCGAUGUACAGAUGAUCAUUGUAGAUAUAGCGCAAUUAUUUGGUGGUCUGACAUCAGAAGGAGCCAUGGCAUUUGUUAAAGAUUUAAUUGUAAAAGGACGUUAUUCACAAGAUGUAUGGAGCUAA